UUAAGUUUUGUGUGUAAUUUUGUUUCAGAAUACAUCAGUAGGAUGGAAGGAAAAUUAAUGAAGAAGAGAUGUAUUAAAAUCCCAGAGCACAUCAAAAAAAGAAAAAAACCGUGUGAGAAAGGGGAUGAGAAAGACAAGGACAUAUACAGGGAGCGUUGUAAGAUGCGAGUGGUGUGGACAUCUAAAGAAGACUCUGUGUUGCUGAUGUGUCGUCUGGCCACAUUGAUCAUGGACAACAAGAAGAAAACAGCUUUAAUUUCUUAUGUGAGGAUUCGAGACUAUCUGCACGAGAAAUGUGGGGCAGUAUCCAACGACAAGACAUCUCAGGCAGUGCAGAGAAGGAUCAAGUUUGUCUUGAAGAAUCCGCAGACAGAAACCAAUUUAUUGCUUUAUUACCGAGAAGCCAUGCAAGAUGAGUUUGUGUUGACAAAUUAUGUUUCAAAGGAGUUCAUUUUGACAGAACCCGAUUUAGAACCAAAGUUCAGAAGACUUGUUGAAUACCUCCUUGACAAGUUCAAGUCGUUGGAUUUACAGAAAUGCUCUCUGCCAGAUAACUUGGAUGAUCUAAGACAGAAUUACACCAUACAGUACAUCGGAAAAUUGCAACCUCGUAAAGUGUAUUCUGACGUGAAAAGCAAAGCUGACAUUUGUCAAGAUGUUCUCAGAAACAUUUUACAUAGUGCUGUAUUACUGCAAGAUAAGCAAGGAAGAACGCACGAGAUGUUCAAGCUGCUGAGUCAAUAUCCUGAUGCUUUACUGUCGGCUGUAGUGAGAGAACUUCGAUCUGACGGUCUCUUUGUUAUAAACAAGAAGAAUUACCAACAUGAAUCAGUGACACAGUUACAGACAGGAAUGGGUCUACGAAACUUCAAAGUCUCUCAGAGAUACCUGUUUCAAUACAAACACAAAUAUUUGAGUGCUAUGUUUGAAGAGAGUGCAAAGCUGUUAACAGAAAUGUGUGAUAACCAUCUCCAUGGCAAUGAAGAAGAUGAGAUGCUCACCCUGUCUUUCCAUCCAAAAAGUGGAGAAAGUGCCAUGCUGCUUCCACUGAUCUUGAAUAGAUGGCUGGAUAUCAAAAUUACCAUGCCUCAGGAACUUGUAAUAGUGGAUAUGGAGGGUUUCUAUAAGUUUCCAUGGGGAAGGGGAAAGAACUCUUCAUCUCAGACAAAAGGGGACAAGAUGCUUCAAGACAUAAAAAUGCCCCAAACCCACAAAGAUAAACGGUCUGGAGCCAGAUCAGAAGGUUCUGAAACAGAUAUUGGUGGAAAAGUUAGAAGAGAAAGGGAAAGUAGAACAAAUCUUGAUAAAGAGGAACAAGUCCCAACAGAGAAUAGUGGCAGAGCAAUGGAGACUGCAGAGGAUAUUGAAGAUGAAAAUAGAAAAACAAAGGGAUCUGGAAAACUGUUAGGCAAAGAUUCUAUUGAAAGAACAGACAGCAAGGAAACCUCAAAUAAAACCAUUGAAAAGGGAAAAGAAGAAAUGUCCAAUGAAUGUACACAUAUAAGCACGAAUCACAGUACAGUUGUUGUUCCAGAUUGGGAUCUACCUGAGCAAACAGGAGAGUUGCCUGGUACCAUUGCAGGUAUAGCAUCUCGUACCUUAUUGUCUCUUCGCCGAGCAGAGGAUUGUUCGUUUGAUGAAAUCAGGAUAUUUAAUGCUCAGGACUACUUUGUAGUGAAUUCAUGUGAAAUUGGUAUUAAAAUAAGGGAUAACUUGGAGGAAGGUAAAAGUGGAAAUCCAACAGUGAAAAAAGUGGCAAAAGAUAAAAGUAAAGACUCUAACAAAGAGGAAAAAGGCAUGGAUAAGAAUAUUGAAAAUGCAACAGUGAAAGAUGAUGAAAAUGCGGAAAAGGCAAAUUCAGAAGAAGAAGAAAUGUCAUUGAAAGAGAAGAUGAAAAGGGUGUCGCAGUUGCUGUUAGAUAAAGGCAAGAUCAGGAAUAUCUACACGGAGCUUCAGAGAUUGUUACCCUUUCAGAUAAAUAUGGAGCAGGUAUGGACUAGCUUUAAAGAGCAAGCUACAUCAGAAGAUGACCUCAAGUUGUACAAGAAUGUGUUCUAUGCCAUUGACAGUCACGGAGAAAUUGGUGUGAGAUCUUACGAUUUAAAGAAACAGUUUGAAGAUGGUUAUCCCUGGAGAGAAGCAGUUGAUGUCCUGGUUCAUCAGAACGCAGUUGUGAAAGUUGGUGUUACCUGUACAAGAUUUGUCUCCCUGAACAAUGCACGACCAUGGGUCAUUCAUGCAUACAGAAAUAUUCGUGGGCGGGGCAUGCAUGUAGAUGAAGAUACAGAGAGUUCAAUACGAAUAGAGCAGGUUGAUGAAAGUCACCCCAGAACAUCCCUACAAGAUAGAGAGCCCUACUUGUAUACAGAACCAGCUGAUGUAAAGACAGCAUCUUCAGAGGUUGCAGGAACAGAUAAAAUAAGAAAAAACCAAGAGAAAGCAGAAAACUCCUCAAAGAAGUGUACAGGUGAAAUUAGUCCAAAGAAAAGGAAAUUCGAUACUGAAAGUGAACCAGAUCCUGAUAAUGAAGAACAAAAAGUUGGUCCAGACAAAACUGACACUAGUGAAGGUAUAAUUAGUGUGAAAAGAAAAUUAUCUAUUGAAAGUCAAAGAGAAACUGACAUUGAAGCAAAGAAAAGAAAACCUGAACCAUUCAUAGAAGGUGAUAAAAAGACUGCAAAUGAAAAUGCUGGUAGUGAUAAAAAUAGGACAGAAAUAGAUAAUAAAACUGAAGAAGCUAUUGAUAAACAAUGCAAAGAAAUAGAGACAGAUCCAGCAAAUGUGAGAGAUGAAUCAGUUGACAAUGUAAAUAGCAAUACAGAUGGCAGAAAAGAUGUUACAAACAGUUCAGAGGUUACAGAAGCAGAAAAAGAGAAAACAAAUAGUGAUAUAGCUACGAAAGGAGAUAGUGAUGUUGCUACGAAAGGAGAAAGUGAUGCUUCUAUGAAAGGAGAUAGUGAUGUUGCUACGAAAGGAGAAAGUGAUGCUUCUACAAAAGGAGAUGGUGAUUCUGCUGUGAUAGGAGAUAAAACAAAUGAGGAAAGCAUGGAUCAAAUGCAGACAAGGAAGUUAAGGAAAAGGAAGCUUCCAGAAGAAGCAGAGGAAAAUCAAAAUGAUGAAGCACCUGCUGUCAGCACGUAUGACAAAGUGAGACUAAUCAUUCAGCCGUGGCGCAAACCCGAGGGUGGUAUAAACAAGCCCAUACUGAAGAUGAUGUUGGAGUCUGUCCUGUUGUUUAUAAUGAUGAACCCUGGGAGCCCAGAGGAUGCCCUAGUGAAGAGAUAUGCACCCUACUUACAGCCAAUGAUCUUAAGGAAUAUUGUUGAUGUUCUAGAAGAUAUUGGCUGUGUAACAAGAGAGUUCAUCAGUAAAACAAAGUCUACAUUGUUUUCAAAACCAUCCAUACCUACUAUAGGUGGAGAGGAGAAUGAAGAUAGUAUAGCAUUGAUGGUACCUGCUGAGGAUUGUGUGUUAAAGAUGGGACUGUUUGGUCAAGAAGUCUUCCCUUUUGCCAAAUGGCCAGAAAAUACUUAUCCUCAGAAGAAACCAUUUUAGUGUGGACAAAUUACACUGAAGGCUUGAAAAUAUGUAGUGUUACAAGAAUUGAGGACAAGUGAUAUCAAAUGGGUGGAAGGAAGAAGAGGAGGAUUAGAAGACAGUAUAAUAUCAAGAAAAUAUGUAACAUCAAAAUUAAUUAUGCUGAACUGCAAUCUAUUUAUAUACAAUUAAUAUUUGAGGGUUAUUGGCUAGAAAAGAAGCCCCCUAAGGGAAAAAUAAUUCAGUUUUGUGGACAAUUGACUUUUUGAUAGACAAUACAUACCCUGAAAAGAUGAAGUUUCAUUUAUAAGUAGACUAAUGAAAGUCCGGAUAACCAGAAGUACAUAGCAAAAACAUUGCAUUUUAACAAUGCAUGGAACUUAUAUCAAGUCUAUUUUUAUGCCCCAGCCAUAAAAUGGGGGCGCAUAUAGUGUUACCCCUGUUCGUGUGUGUGUUUGUUCGUUUGUGUGUUCGGGAAAGGGUGAUGUUCGUGUCCGGUCCAUAACUUUGACAUGCAUGGUCCGAUUUCAAAAUAAUUUGAAACAAAUAAUAAUUAUGGAUAGACAAUGUGUCAUGCGCAAAAACCAGGUCCCUAGCUCAAAGGUCAAGGUCACAGUCCUUGGUUGAACUUAGCCAAUUUUCACUACAUAUAUACUAAUAAUGUGGUCUUCGUGUCCGGUCCAUAACUUUAACAUGCAUGGUUCGAUUUCAAAAUAAUUUGACACAAAUAAUAAACAUGGAUAGACGAUGUGUCAUGCGCAAAACCAGGUCCCUAUACACAAAAUGUCAUGUGCAAGAACCAGGUCCCAAGUUUAGAAUAACUUCCCUUUGUUGUUACUAUAAAUAGCUUGUAUUGUAACUUUUUAGCUCACCUGUCACAUAGUGACAAGGUGAGCUUUUGUGAUCACGCAGCGUCCGUCGUCCGUCCGUGCGUCCGUAAACUUUUGCUUGUGACCACUCUAGAGGUCACAUUUUUUGUGGGAUCUUUAUGAAAGUUGGUCAGAAUGUUCAUCUUGAUGAUAUCUAGGUCAAGUUCGAAACUGGGUCACGUGCCUUCAAAAACUAGGUCAGUAGGUCUAAAAAUAGAAAAACCUUGUGACCUCUCUAGAGGCCAUAUAUUUCAAAAGAUCUUCAUGAAAAUUGGUCAGAAUGUUCAACUUGAUGAUAUCUAGGUCAAGUUUGAAACUGGGUAACGUGCCAUCAAAAACUAGGUCAGUAGGUCUAAAAAUAGAAAAACCUUGUGACCUCUCUAGAGGCCAUAUAUUUCACAAGAUCUUCAUGAAAAUUGGUCAGAACGUUCAUCUUGAUGAUAUCUAGGUCAAGUUUGAAACUGGGUCACGUGCCAUCAAAAACUAGGUCAGUAGAUCAAAUAAUAGAAAAAGCUUGUGACCUCUCUAAAGGCCACAUUUUUCAUGGGAUCUUUAUGAAAGUUGGUCUGAAUGUUUAUCUUGAUGAUAUCUAGGUCAAGUUCGAAACUGGGUCACGUGCGGUCAAAAACUAGGUCAGUAGGUCUACAAAUAGAAAAACCUUGUGACCUCUCUAGAGGCCAUAUAUUUCAUGAGAUCUUCAUGAAAAUUGGUCAGAAUGUUCACCUUGAUGAUUUCUAGGUCAAGUUCGAAAGUGGGUCACGUGCCAUCAAAAACUAGGUCAGUAGGUCAAAUAAUAGAAAAACCUUGUGACCUCUCUAGAGGCCAUAUUUUUCAUGGGAUCUGUACGAAAGUUGGUCUAAUUGUUCAUCUUGAUGAUAUCUAGGUCAAUUUCGAAAGUGGGUCACGUGCCGUCAAAAAGUAGGUCAGUAGGUCAAACAAUAGAAAAACCUUGUGACCUCUCUAGAGGUCAUAUUUUUCAUGGGAUCUGUAUGAAAGUUGGUCUGAAUGUUCAUCUUGAUGAUAUCUAGGUCAAGUUCGAAACAGGGUCAUGUGCGGUCAAAAACUAGGUCAGUAGGUCUACAAAUAGAAAAACCUUGUGACCUCUCUAGAGGCCAUACUUGUGAAUGGAUCUCCAUAAAAAUUGGUCAGAAUGUUCACCUUGAUGAUAUCUAGGUCAAGUUUGAAACUGGGUCACGUGCCAUCAAAAACUAGGUCAGUAGGUCAAAUAAUAAAAAAACCUUGUGACCUCUCUAGAGGCCAUACUUUUCAUGGGAUCUGUAUGAAAAUUGGUCUGAAUAUUCAUCUUAAUGAUAUCUAGAUCAAGUUUGAAACUGGGUCAACUGCGGUCAAAAACUAGGUCAGUAGGUCUAAAAUUAUUAAAAUCUUUUGACCUCUCUAGAGGCCAUAUUUUUCAAUGGAUCUUCAUGAAAAUUGAUCUGAAUGUUCACCUUGAUGAUAUCUAGGUCAGUUUCGAAACUGGGUCACGUGCGGUCAGAAACUAGGCCAGUAGGUGUAAAAAUAGAAAAACCUUGUGACCUCUCUAGAGGCCAUAUUUUUCAUGAGAUCAUCAUGAAAAUUAGUGAGAAUGUUCACCUUGAUGAUAUCUAGGUAAAAUUCAAAACAGGGUCACGUACCUUCGAAAACUAGGUCAAUAGGUCAAAUAAUAGAAAAACAUUGUGACCUCUUUAGAGACCAUAUUUUUCAAUGGAUCUUCAUGAAAAUUGGUCAGAAUUUUUAUCUUGAUAAUAUUUAGGUCAAGUUCAAAACUGGGUCACAUGAGCUCAAAAACUAGGUCACUAUGUCAAAUAAUAGAAAAAACGAUGUCAUACUCAAAACUGGGUCAUGUGGGAAGAGGUGAGCGAUUCAGGACCAUCAUGGUCCUCUUGUUUAUUACUGGUCGUAGGGAAAAAACAAGACCAUUUUUCUGUAGUACAACAUGUAUGUUACAUCCAAUUUUGAGAAGUAUUUUAACAUACCUGGUAAGGAUUUUUGUGUGGACUUAGGAAUUUUUUUUUUUAGCUCACCUGAGCAAUACUCACUCAGGUGAGGUUUUGUGAUCGCUCAUUGUCCGUCGUCUGUCGUCUUUCUGUCUGUCAACAUUUAGCUUGUGUAUGCGAUAAAGGCUGUAUUUUUCAACUGAUCUUCAUGAAUUUUUUUCAGAAUGAUAACCUUGAUGAAACCUAGCCCAAAAUCGAAAAUGGGUCAUCUGGAGUCAAAAACUAGGUCACUAGGUCAAAUCAAAGAAAAACCUGGUGUAUGCGAUAGAGGCUGUAUUUUUCAACUGAUCUUCAUGAAAUUUUGUCAGAAUGAUAACCUUGAUGAAAUCUAGGCCAAUUUCGAAAAUGGGUCAACUGGGGUCAAAAACUAGGUCACUAGGUCAAAUCAAAGAAAAACCUUGUGUAUGCGUUAGAGGUUGUAUUUUUCAAUUGGUCUUCAUGAAAUUUGGUUGGAAUGAUUGCCUUGAUAAAAUCUUGGCCAAAUUCGAAAAUGGGUCAUCUGGGGUCAAAAACUAGGUCACAAGGUCAAAUCAAAGAAAAACCUUGUGUAUGCGAUAGAGGCUGUAUUUUUAAAUUGAUCUUCAUGGAAUUUAGUCAGAAUGAUUGCCUUGAUGAAAUCUAGGUCGAGUUUGAAUAUGGGUCAUCUGGGGUCAAAAGGUAGGUCACUAGGUCAAAUCAAAGAAAAACCUUGUGUAUGCGAUAGAGGCUGUACUGUAUUUUUCAACUGAUCUUCAUGAUAUUUGGUCAGAAUGAUUGCCUUGAUGAAAUAUAGGUCAAGUUGGUCAAAAACUAGGUCAACUGGUCAAAUCAAAGGAAAAGCUUGUUAACACUCUUGUUUAUUUGAUGUGCAUGAAACUUGGUCAGAAUGUUUGUGUGCAUGAAAUAGCAGAUGGAUUUUUAUCUGGGUCAUGUAGGGUCAAAAACUUGGUCACCAGUUCAAAUCAAAGAAUAAGCUUGUUUACACUCAAGAGGCCAUGUUUUUGGUUCAGUCUUAAUGAAACUUUUUCAGAAUAUUUGUCUCCAUGAAAUCACUAGGCAAAACACGUUUACACUCUUAUUGUUUGUUACUCAGGUGAGCGACUUAGGGCCAUCUUGGCCCUCUUGUUUUUUUGUUAAGAUUAACUUCCCUUAGUUGUUACUAUAAAUAACUUAUGCCAGUGCCCUUUCUCAUGUUGCGGGGGCAUCAGUGUCUGUGACACAUUUCUAAUUGUAAGGCCCCAUGUGGUUCUGGGACGAUCUGUGUAUGAAAAGAACUGGAACCACUGCCUUACCAUUGCAUGAUCGUAAGAGGCGACUAAUAGGGUCUUUACACUUGGUUUUGCAGUACCUCUGUGAUUCCAGCAGGUAUGCAAAUUUUGAUUCCAUACCUCAUGUUUUUAUUUCAAUGUAAAUGAGAUGUGGAACCAAAAUUUGUAGUCCUGUUUGGCGCCAUAUAACCUAUACUGUGUUGGUACGCCGUAAAACCCAAAUAAAUAAAUAAAAAAAAUAAAUUCUAGUUGUAAGAUCUAAAGGGUUGGCCCACACUUUACUAUGAAGUUUAAAGCUGUUGCAAUGGAAAUACACUUCUCUAUUUAUUCUGCCACUAGUCUAGCUGUAUAUAUAAUUUUGCUAUAAAACGGGAGGGGGGAUUUUAUGAUUUAGUGUAAUUAUUUGAGUUGUUGCCCUUUUACAGGUACAGCAGAAUUUAUUGAUGUCUAAAAUAAAUAUUUUGUAUUUCAUGUUUUAUUUGUUUUAUGAAAGAGUAGAAAAUAAUUUUUUUCAUUGGAAUCAGAAUUGUCAUAAUAUUUGACAAAGAAAAACAAGUUGUAUCAAUUAACUUUGUAAACAAGAUAGCCUCUUAUGGGCAAGUAAUAUAAUUUGAUAAUUAAUGUAUUGGCUGUAUAUAUUUUAUAGCGCACAACAUGCAAUUUUAAACAUAAUAUUUGAGACAAAGUCAAAUCAAUGUUGUUGUAUUACUUAUUGAAUUGACUCUUGUAUGUUCAGAUAUGAACAAUUGACUGCAUGCUUAUACAGUUUGUACCAAAUAUUUAAUGUGUUCAGUCCACUUUUAUGCUAUGAUCCUUUUAUAAGUCAUACACUGAAUAAAAUGAAUAUAAAUUGG